AUGUGGCUGAAGCCCGAGGAGGUGCUGCUGAAAAAUGCCCUCAAGCUGUGGGUGCAGGAGCGCUCCAACCAGUACUUCGUGUUGCAGCGGCGGCGGGGCUAUGGCGAGGAGGGCGGAGGCGGGCUGGCAGGUCUCCUUGUGGGAACAUUAGAUGCAGUGUUGGACUCAACGUCGAAAGUCGCCCCAUUUCGCAUCCUGCAUCAGACCCCAGACUCCCAAGUCUACUGGUCCAUCGCAUGCGGAUCCAGCAGAGAAGAAAUAACAGAACAUUGGGAGUGGUUAGAACGCAAUGUUAUGAAGACUUUAUCAGUAUUUGAUUCAAAUGAGGACAUUACGAGUUUUGUCCAGGGAAAGAUAAGAGGUUUGAUUGCUGAAGAGGAAAAAGAUUCUUUUGUAAAAGAAGAUGAUCCUGAGAAGUUUCGUGAAGGUCUUAUGAAGUUUGAGAAGUGUUUUGGAUUACCAGAGAAGGAGAAGUUGAUUACCUACUACUCGUGCAGUUACUGGAAGGGCAGAGUGCCCUGUCAAGGAUGGCUGUAUCUUAGUACCAACUUCCUUAGCUUCUACUCAUUUUUGCUUGGAGCAGAAAUAAAACUUAUUAUCUCCUGGGAUGAAAUAUCAAAACUUGAGAAAACUUCCAAUGUGAUUCUGACAGAGAGCAUUCAUGUAUGCUCCCGUGGGGAAGAUCAUUAUUUUUCCAUGUUUUUGCACAUGAGUGAAACAUUCCUUCUAAUGGAGCAGCUGGCAAACUAUGCAGUUAGAAGACUUUUUGACAAGGAGACAUUUGAGAAUGAUCCAGUCCUUCAUGACCCUCUACAAAUCACCAAGAGAGGCCUGGAGAGCCAUGCCCACAGUGAGCAGUUUAGUGCAUUCUUCAGGUUGCCUAAAGAAGAGUCCUUGAAGGAAGUUCAUGAGUGCUUCUUAUGGGUUCCUUUCAGUCAUUGUAACACCCUUGGGAAAAUGUGCAUUUCAGAAAACUACAUCUGCUUUGCUAGCCAGGAUGGCAGCCUGUGCAGUGUGAUCAUUCCAUUGAGAGAGGUCACAGGGGUAGAUAAAGCAGAUCCAGCCAAUAGAGGAGUCAGCAUUAGUACCAAAGGGAAAACAGCUUUUCGUUUCACAGAGGUGAGAGAUUUUGGACUGCUUGUGGCAAAGCUCAGAAUGAAAUGCAAUGCAACUGUGAGUCCACAACACGUCAUAAGUACUGAGGUUGCAGCUGGUUCUGUGGCUGACAGUCCAAAGGAUUUUUGUGCAAGACAGUCAAAGAUGGGCCAGAAAGAUAACAGUAAAACCGUCAGUACAGAAGCACUAAUGACUGUCUACCAUCCUCAGGAUGCUGAGAACCUUGACUCUAAAAUGUUGAAAGAAAAAAUGAAGGAACAGUCGUGGAACAUCCUGUUUGCAGAACUGGGCCAUGGAGUCAGUAUGUUUCGAACAAAGAAGACUCGAGACCUAGUUGUAAGAGGCAUCCCAGAAGCAUUGAGAGGAGAACUAUGGCUACUCUUCUCAGGUGCUGUAAAUGAUAUGGCAUCCAACCCUGGUUAUUAUACUGAGUUGGUGGAAAAAUCCUUAGGAACAUGCACUUUGGCUACUGACGAAAUUGAACGAGAUUUACGUCGCUCCCUACCUGAGCAUCCUGCUUUUCAAAGUGACACAGGAAUUUCUGCUCUCAGGAGAGUUCUUACAGCUUAUGCAUUCAGGAAUCCACAAAUUGGGUAUUGUCAGGCAAUGAAUAUUCUGACAUCAGUGCUUCUGCUGUAUGCUAAAGAGGAGGAAGCAUUCUGGCUUUUGGUUGCUGUGUGUGAAAGGAUGCUUCCCGAUUAUUUCAAUCGCCGAAUCAUUGGUGCCUUGGUAGAUCAGGCAGUGUUUGAGGAGCUCAUCAGGGUUCACCUGCCUCAGUUGACAGACCACAUGACGGACAUGACUUUUUUCUCCUCGGUCUCUCUCUCCUGGUUCCUUACCCUUUUUAUCAGUGUGCUGCCAAUUGAAAGUGCAGUCAAUGUGAUGGACUGUUUCUUCUAUGAUGGAAUAAAGGCAAUCUUGCAGCUGGGCCUUGCAGUGCUGGAAUACAACAUGGGGAAGUUGCUCACUUGUAAGGAUGAUGCAGAAGCAGUCACUAUUCUCAACAGAUUUUUUGACAGUGUCACUAACAAAGACAGUCCUUUACCUCCAGCUGUGCAGCAGGGCUCCAAUCUCAGUGAUACAAAGAGUGACCAUCCAAAAGUGGACAUCACUGAUCUGAUCCGAGAAUCAAAUGAAAGAUACGGUGAUAUUCGCUAUGAGGAUGUUGAGAGCUUGCGCUGCAGGAACAGGCUUUAUGUGAUCCAGACCCUGGAAACUAUGACCAAGCAGAAUGUGCUACGUGUUGUGUCUCAAGAAGUAAAAUUCAGUCCUAGUGAUCUUGAAGAGCUUUAUGAAUUAUUCAAGAAGGAGCAUUUUCUUUCCUGUUACUGGAGUGCAAAUAGUCCUGUCCUGCAACAUCACGAUGCUAGUCUGCCCUACCUUGACCAGUACCGGAUUGAUUGUGAGCAGUUCAGGCUUCUCUGCCAUCUCUUGAGCCCCUGGUCACACUGUGCAAACAGAGACUCCCUGGCCCUGUGGACAUUCCGGCUGAUGGAUGAGAGCUCCAACUGCCUUAUAAACUUCAAACAAUUUGCCUGUGUUCUUGAUAUGAUGUAUAAUGGAAGCUUCACUGACAAACUCAAGCUUCUUUUUAAGUUGCACAUCCCUCCAGCUUUUACUGAAGUAGAAUCUCUAAAUCCUUCCAAAGGGGAUGAGCUUUCAAAAGAAGAACUGAUCUACUUCAGCCAGCUCAGUGUUUCAUCUGUUGGGGAUAAUCUUGAAAGUGAUUCUUUGAAGACCAGCCCAGAAAAAGGGAAGGGGAAGGUUGAUAUUCAGAUGUAUCUGAAACAAUGGCAAGAUGAACUUCUUAAAAAAGAAAGCAUCAAGGAUUUGCCGAGAAUGAAUCAGUCUCAGUUCAUCCAGUUCUCUAAAACUCUCUACAAUCUGUUCCAUGGGGAUCCCGAGGAGGAACUGUUGUAUCAGACUAUCGCAGCAGUGACCAGCCUCCUGUUGAAAAUGGAAGAAGUUGGCAGAAGACUGCAGAGUCCCAUAUCACCUGUCAAAAGUCCAGUUAAUGUUACAGAAAUGGCUGCUGAAAUGCCUGGAGAGAGGCAGGAGGAAAGGAGCUCUGAGCAGACUGAAAGCAGUAGAGCACAGAGUUUGGAAGGGAACCAUGAAUGGUCUUUUGCCUUUGAACAGAUUCUGGCAUCUUUAUUAAAUGAGCCAGCCUUUGUGAGAUUUUUUGAAAAACCUCAUGACAUAAAAGCUAAAAUAGGGAGUGCUAAGAAUUUGCAACUUAAAGCAAGAAUCAGAGUGUAAUUUUCUUUACAUUUGACUCUGAAUUAAUCAUGUAAAGUGCUUACAAAUGAAGCCUGUAACUGUGGAAAUCAAGUCUGGUGUUGACAUAGGGAAUGAACUCUGAAGAAUUAGCUUUAAGUAUCAGAUUAUUGGUAUGUAAAGUAAAUAAAAAUAGUUUGAAGCACAGUCACUUUCUUGCGUUCUAAGUUUCACUCAAAAAAAAGGGACUGAAUAUUAAUUAAUUAAGUUCUUUACUGUGUUAUUAAAACAUGCAGCAUUGCUUAGAGAUACUGGAUGUGUACCUGUUACAAACCCGUCUGAAUGACUGUUGUUAGAGUAGGUGUUCUCAAGGUUCUUUUCUAUUACUGUGAUAAAAGGAAUGACUUUUUCCCUUUUUCACUUUAAAGGAGUGUCAGCAGCUUGGAGGUUGUCUUCCACAUUAAUUAGUUAUUUCCAAAUUGCUUUUGGACUGGGGUCAAAGCAGGGUGAAGACUAAGCACAGAGGUUGUGGUAGCACAAGAUCAUGAGGUUAGAAAAGGAAGUUCUAUGCUCACAAUUCCUCUGCUUUGAUGUUGUCCAUGGGUCUGGACUCUAGCAGAUUCCAGCCUCUCUUUCCCAUUUUUAUACCAAAUCCUCCUACAAAGAAAAGGUGAAAAGGAUGGAAGCUUAUUUGGUCAUCCAGGCAGCACAAGGAUGCAGAAACUAAUACUACUGAUUGUUUAAAAUAAAGGGGCAGUAUCUAAAUCUGUCUGACCACAUGGUGGUUGUACUUUAUCUGGCAAGAGGAGCCAUUGUUGGCUUCUUAGGAGCAUGUUGAUGAAAUGUAGGGUUUUGCUGGUGUUUGGAAAACUCAAGCACAGGCCAUCUGCAGCUGAGUGUUGACUAUUGAGCUGCUUAGAGACAGAUUGCAGUUGCUUCUUUGCCUACCCUGAGUCCGUAUCUCAACCCAGUAAUUACUAUUGAUUUUCUAUAGCACUCUGGAUUAUUGCUGCUGUAAUAUUUUCCAUCUGUUGGGAUUCAAGGCAACAAGAAGAUCCCCUUGAAUCUGACUUGAAAUUUUUAGUAUAUAAAUAUGAUACAGUAGAGAUCCUGUGGAGGAAAGCUCUGCCAGUGUAAAA